AUGUCUGGAGGCAUAAUCACUACAGACGCAGUUCAAGACGCCCUGCAUCGCGCAAAAGAUAGGAUAGAGCUCGCCGCUGUCGAUACUCAUACUUCACUCAAGCGAACACUAGAGGACGAUAUUGAUCAACUCCCUGCUAAGAGGGCAAACGUCGAGGGAAUGGACGGUACAGGGCUUGUUCAAAUGGGAGGUGCCUAUAUGCAAAUGACUGGUAACCCCAACGAAACUAUUGUCGAGACUAUUAAUAUUCCCGGCAACACUGUAGGUCUUGUUAUUGGUAGAGGAGGAUCAGAAAUUCAAAAUAUUCAAGCACAGUCCCAAUGUAAGGUACAGAUGAGUCCUGAAAAUGAACCAGGCUCAGGAAUUAGGCAGUGUACUCUUCAAGGAAAUAAGAUGGCCGUCGAGAGAGCCAAGCAAUUAAUUAAUGACGUAAUCGCCAGAGCUAACAACCGUCAAGCAACUGGAAUGGCCAGUUACGAUGGUGGCGAUGGAAGAACUGUCACUUUCGAAAUGAUUAUCCCUGCAACGAAAUGUGGCCUCAUUAUUGGAAAGAAUGGUGAUACCAUCAAGCAAUUACAGGAACAAGCCGGAUGCAAGAUGGUCAUGAUUCAGGAGUCUCAAGAGGUCACCGGUCAAGCUAAGCCCUUGAGGAUUACCGGAGAUGUAGAAAAGGUCGAAACUGCUAAACGUUUAGUUCUUGAUUUACUUAACUCUCGUGAAGAUAAUGGUGGUGUUGGAGGUGUUAGACCCCAAUACACCAGUGAUGCUCCAACUGCUAAAGGAGAGGUUGUUGUCCCAAGAUCUAGUGUUGGAAUGAUUAUUGGUAAAGGAGGUGAAACCAUUAAGCGUUUAGCUAUGGAAACUGGAACUAAGAUCCAAUUCAAGCCUGAUGAUGAUCCAAGCUCUCCUGAUCGUUGUGCUGUUAUAAUGGGAACAAGAGAUCAAAUCUACAAGGCUACUGAAUUAAUCACGGAAUUGGUUCAUAAGAGCUGCAAUGGCGGAGCUGGAGCCAACACUGGAACCAACGAAGUUUUCUACAUGCAUGUUCCUGCCAACAAAACGGGAUUAGUUAUCGGAAAAGGUGGUGAGACCAUCAAACAGAUUAACGCUGAGAGUGGUGCCCACUGCGAACUUUCUCGUGAUCCUCCACCAAAUGCUCAAGAGAAGGUUUUCAUUAUCAAGGGAACAUCUUACCAGAUCCAUCAUGCUCAACACAUCAUCCGAAUAAAGGUUGGAGACUUCGCUCCUGGUACUCCUGUGCCACCUUUCUCUGGAGCUGGUGGUCAACAAACUGGAAAUGGAACCUAUGGCGGACCUGCCCAAUUCGGAGGUGCCCAAUACAACCAGCUUCAACAAGCUCAACCUGAAGCUUCAAAUGGUUGGGGAGCUCAACCCGGAGCUCAAGCGUACUAUGGCGGUGCUCCCGCUGCUGCUCCUGCUGCUUCCUACCCAGCUCAAGCAUAUCAGCAACCAUCUGCGCAGCCUUACGUCACCCCUGCCGGUCAAGCCGCUGCCGCUCAACCUGUCCAGGCUCCAGCACCAUCCAUCAACCCCCAGACUGGUCAGCUUGAUUACAGCGCUCAGUGGGCUGCUUAUUAUAGAUCUAUGGGCAUGCAUGAUCAAGCCAGCAUGAUUGAAAAUCAAAUGAAACAGAGCCAAGCCAGAGCUGCUACUAGCGCCCAGCCAGCCGCUGGAUAUGGCUAUCCUACAGGCCAACCCCAACAACAAUUCCCUCAAACUGGCCAGUUUGCUGCAGCCCAGCAACAACAGCAACCGCCGCAAUUUUAA